GACUCCACCACUAUAAUGUCUAUCCACACAGGCUUUCAAAGCUCCAAAGGGAGCAGAAGGGGCUACAGCUCAUGUUCUGCUAUUGGUGGUGGUGGAGGAGGUGGUAGACAUACCUAUUCAUGCAGGGGAUUUGGUGGUGGCGGCGGUGGCAUGAGAGGCCAGUAUGGCAGCAGAAGCCUUCAUAACUAUGGUGGAGGCACAAGGAUUUCCUAUGGACGAGGCUAUGGCGGUGGCAUGUAUGGAGGUUAUGGUGGCGGCUAUGGAGGUGGAGCUGGUGGAAUGGGUGGUGGUUUUGGUAGUGGAAUGAGUGGCGGCUAUGGUGGUGGCGGAAUGGGUGGCUAUGGUGGCAGCGGAAUGGGUGGCUAUGGUGGUGGUGGAAUGGGUGGCUUUGGAGGUGGUGGAAUGGGUGGUGGUUUUGGGCCUGGAGGAAUUGGUGGUGGAUUUGGACCUGGAGGAAUGGGUGGUGGCUUUGGAGGUGGUGGAUUUGGUCCAGGAGGACUAGCUGGUGGACCUGGAGGCAUUGGCAGUGUCCAAAUAGAUCCAAGUCUUCUGCGACCAGUCAAUGUAGAGAUAGACCCCCAGAUCCAGCAAGUGAAAAAUCAGGAGAAAGAGCAGAUCAAGCUCCUCAACAACCAAUUUGCCAACUUCAUUGACAAGGUAAGGUUCCUUGAACAGCAAAACAAGGUUCUGCAAACGAAAUGGCAGAUCUUACAGCAACAGACUCAGGGCCGAGGUCCGAUGCAGAACCUGGAUGGUGAAUAUCAGCUUUUCCUGAACGGCCUGAGGAACCAAAUUGAUCAAAUCCGUUCCCAAAAGCAACAGCUGAUGUCUGAGCUUCAAAACAUGCAGCAAGUUGUGGAAGACUCCAAGAACAAGUAUGAACAAGAGAUAAACCAACGUACAACUUCUGAAAAUGAAUUUGUCGUGCUCAAAAAGGAUGUGGAUUCUGCCUACAUGAACAAAGUUGACUUGGAAGCUAAAGUUGGUGGUAUAGUUGAGCAGAUCAACUUCUUCAGAAGAAUAUUUGACAUAGAACUAUCUCAGAUCCCUAUUGGAGGUAAAGACACCUCAGUGGUUGUGAACAUGGAUGACAGCCGUGAUUUGAACUUGGAAGGCAUGAUUGAUGAAGUAAGAGCUCAAUAUGAGGAGGUUGCUCGCAGCAGCCGAGCCGAGGCUGAGACCUGGUAUCGCUCUCAAUAUGAAGCUCUGCAGAACGCAGCAGGAAGACAUGGGGAAAAUCUGCAGAACACCAGACAAGAGAUUCAGGAGCUGACCAGGAACAUCCAGAGGCUGCGAGCUGAAAUUGAGCAUGCCAAGAAACAGGCUGCUCAAAUGCAGUCAGCUAUUGCUGAAGCUGAGGAACGUGGUGAGAUGGCGCUCCGUGAUGCUAAGCAGAAGCUGGAUGAAUUGGAAGGUUCCCUGACCAAGGACAAAGAAGUGUUGGCCCGCCUCUUGAAAGAGUACCAGGACCUGCUGAAUGUCAAGCUGGCUCUGGACAUGGAAAUUGCUAUGUACAGGAAACUGCUGGAAGGAGAAGAGAGCAGGAUAUCUGGCCUAGGAUCCCAAGUCCAUGUCUCUGUGAGAGGCAGCAGUUAUGGAGGAGGAAUUGGCGGCGGAGGACUUGGUGGACUUGGAGGCGGACUAGGUGGAGGAAUGGGAGGUGGCGGCCUUGGAAUGGGCGGCGGUCUUGGUGGUGGCAGUUUCGGUGGCAGCGGCAUGGGUGGUUCCAUUGGAGGUGGAGGAAUGGGCGGAGGCAUGAGUGGUGGCUACGGAAGUGUAAGCGGAGGCUACGGAGGUGGAAGUAUUGGCUACGGAGGUGGAAGUGGAGGCUAUGGAGGAAUUAUAAGCAGCGGAGGCUCAGGCGGCUCUUCCUAUGGAGGCGGCGGAUACUCACGUGGUUCUGGAAGUGGAUCUAGCACAAUUAUCAGGAGAACCACUACAUCCAGUUCAUCUGUCAAAGGCGGAGGUUAUUAAGCACCCCUACAGGUCUUCAAAAGGAAAGCUCCAAGUGACAACAGCACAUCACCUUCAGCUCUACCCUGGUAAUCCAGAAAAGAAACAAACUGUGGCCUUUAAGCACAAGAUCUUUAUCUAUUUUGCUCCCCAGAUAAAACCCACAAGAACGCACCACUGAAAGUAACCAUCUUCCAACAUGCCUGUACCACCUAUUAGGUGACCAAUAGUGGAACAGACCUACAGAAAAAUGGCAAUUGGCAUGUACUGGUGAUGCAAUAGAAUAUCAAUAGAAUGAAAAGUUGCUUGAAAAGAGGAAAGGGAGAUGUGCAGAUCAGGCAGUGCUUCUUUCAUUAUGCUGUAUAUUUUGGCUUUGUUUUGGUGGCUCUCCAAUGGUAAUGCAUAUGAACAUGACCUUUUCUUUUUUUCUCUUGAGGCUUCUUCUUCCAAUGGAUUGUUCUCUUCAGGUGUUGUAAUUCCCACCUUCAGAAUAAAUCAUUCAUUCCCACUGUCUGUUUUUAUGUUGCAGAAUGGCUGACACUGACAAAUGCCCUUAUUGACUUAAAGUUAUACAAUGAGACUAUUUGUUUUUCUUAAUUACAGCCCUGUUUUAGUCCAGACUCAAUGACAGAGUUAACUAUAGAGCAUUGUGUAACAAUCCACUAAUUAGAUUUGAUGAUUUGGGAUGUUGUCUCAUCACAGUACCAUGAAAAUGUCCAACCUCGCCAGUUUUGUGAAUUACAUGCACCUAUCUUUAUCUCUCAUGGUUUGUUUCCCAAUUUCUUGGGAGGCAACCAUUUUCAAUAAACUGCAGUCAAAGUCA